AUGCAAAAGUUCAUACGUAGAUACUAUGAUGAAUUCCUCGAUCGAAAAGAAGCCGACGAAAACACUGAAGAACCGCGAAUUUUCACUAUACCUAAAGCAACGGCGAUUCCAGAAAGUUUGAUCCUUAUCCAUGAGUUUCAUGCUCGCUUUAGUUUGCAGCCAUCCCGCGGAAUGCCUCUUCAAGAAUUAAAUCGCUUGCUGGAAGCUUUCUUUGACCUAGUUACUAUUGAAAAAUCUGCUGAAAGAUGGCUCGUCGAACAUCCCUAUCAUUCAGCAAUUGCCGAUGAGGCCGAAGACACCUAG